AUUCAGACAAUAAAAAUACCGAAGCCCCGUCUAUUCCCUACGUCGUCACUUCCCCCAAUUUGAUUCCUAUCUCUUAUCGAUCCAGAUUCUUUCAAAUAUCUUAUUUUGAUCUUCAAAUCAACUAAUUUUUAUUUCAAUUCGCUCUUUUCCCUAUCGAUCGAUCCUAAAUUCCACCUUAUCUGUGUCCUAUAUUCGAAUCUAGGGUUAGGGUUUCGAAGCGAUUCGGAGAAUUUUCACAGCCAUCGUUAAAUCAGUCAUUUUUGUUGUUGUUAAUACACUUUAUUUCAUUUCUAAUUUCCAAAAUUUUCGGUUGAUCUGUAAAUUUGAAGUUGGUGGUAUAUUAUAGAUGAUAAUACGAUAUUUUUGGGUCAAUUGAAAAUUUUAUAUAUCGAUUAUUCUUUGAAGAUUUCAGUUGUGUUUCGAAAAAAAUUAUUUUCCCUUUCUUUAUUUUAUCUGUUCCUUUGAUUUAUAUUUUUGAAUUUUGUGUUCAUCAGAAUUAGGGAUCUGAAAUUUCCGUUUUGCUAAAACCGGUAACCCUUAAAUUUUAAAUUUUUGAUCAUUUCGUACUCUUUUUGAAAUUCAUCGGUGGACGUGAUUUCUCGAAGCAAAUUUGAGGGAUAAAAUGGUUUAUAAACGAUCUUUUCAUGAUGAGGAAUCUUUCAAUGUUGCUAGUAAGCACCCAAGACAACAAGAAUGUACAACUCAACAACCUGCAGUCCUUGAAAUUUCUCCUUGGAAAAACACACUGCAGAAACCUCAUGCAGAUGGUGAAGGUGAGAACAACUUCGGUAAAUCUGAAAAUGAAGGAAGGAUUACAAGUGUCUCGGUUUCUGAAGAUCUGAAUGGGGCAGAUAGGGAUUCUGGACUCAGUGCUUCUGGAAGCAUUUCUAGUUAUUUGUGUGCCAACAGCAAAGCUAUUGAUGAAUAUUCUGAGUCACAUUCACCAAUCUAUUUAUCAUUUUUCCCAAAUUAUUUUGAUCUUGACCAUCGAGUAACGGCUUUAGUUCAGCCUGAUGACAUCUAUUCAACUCUACUGGAUCAGCCUCCCAGAAAGCUAGUUUCUGUUGGACCAGAUCAUCAAGCAGAUAUUCCAGAAUGGGUUCCACAGGGUUUCAAGAACAAUUUUGACUGUUUAAAUAAGUCAGAUGCACAUGUGUACGCGCAUUCUUCAUAUUCAUGUCUUGUGGACGACGACGACGACUAUCGGAAGAAGCUGAUGGGUACUUGUGUCAUACCCAUGCCUGAUUUGGAAUCACCUGCAUACAAUAGUUGUGUAGGCGAGGGAGGCAGAAGCGACUGUACCUGUUUUGACAGGGGUUCUGUUAGUUGCGUGAGGCAGCAUAUCAUGGAAGCCAGAGCUAAACAAAAGGAAAACCUUGGGGAGAAGAUAUACGAGGAGUUGGGAUUCUCCAACAUGGGAGAGGAGGUUGCAAGGAAAUGGAGUGGAGAAGAGGAGCUAGCCUUUCAUGAGGUUGUCCAAUCGAAUCCAGCAUCACUGGGUAGGAACUUUUGGGACCAUCUCCCAGCCGUAUUCUCAUCCCGAGAAAGGAAGGAUCUUGUCAGUUAUUAUUUCAAUGUUUUUAUGCUUCGGAAACGGGCUGAGCAGAACAGAUUUGACCCACUAAACAUCGACAGUGACAAUGAUGAGGUUCAAAGAAGUGAGCUUGGAAUGACAGAGGAGGACGACGACUCCGCAGUUGAAUCUCUGGCUGAUCAAGAUGCUUUUGUUUAUGAUCAGGAGAAUCAUGAAGAGUUUUGUGUUGAAGGCGUUGAGAACGAGGAUGAAGCAGAUACUUAUAAAAUCGGUUCUGAUUUUGUAACUCACAGAGUUGUAACAGGUGAAGAGGACGAGGGAGCUAUAGAUGAUGUUUUUGAAGCAUUUACAGGUAAUUUUGUUGAUGAUUGUGGCACUGGUCCUGUCUUUCAGAAUUCCAGUAAGAUUUUUAGCAAUGACGGGGCUGAUCACGAUAUUCAAGAUGACUCGUGCACAUCGUUUGAGUAUCAGAGUGACAGGGUUGAUUCCUGUGGUCCAGUUGAUUUGGGGACCGAUGCUAGAGAGUCUACUCAAUAGUGACCGCGAAGACAAACAGUAUCAUGCAAGUUAAAUGAUAGGAGCCUUGCAUUUGAAGUUUGGAUGUCGGUUUUGUGAAUGGUUGGAGAAACUGAUCUUUCCCAUCCAAAGUAUUCAUUGAAUAGGGUUUUAGAGACAAAUUUUGUGAGGACACAGUGAACUUUGGUUGGUGAAUGUUACCCUACCACCCAAAACACUUAUGUCCUGCAAAUCCUCUUUGUUAGGUGUCAACUGUCUGAAGCUUGCAAGCCCAAGUGAGAGGAUAUUAAAGGUGACUGAUCUCUCUUUUUAUCGCAGAGAAUCCAGGACCCCCUUGUUGACUUUGAUACGCAGGAGAAGCUUGUAAUAAUGGUUCUGAUAUGUAUAAGUAGUGCUUCAAAGGAGCUGUCGCAGAAGAACCGAUGAUUUGACCCUUCGCGAAAUCUAGCUCUGUUAAUCUUGAACGAGGGAUGGAGUUUUACAUCUCAUUUGCUGCUGCAGAGAUUGCAUGGAUUCAAAGAAACUGCAACUCAGUCGGAAUUUUUUUGACGAGAGAGGUUGUGCGUCGUUCUCUUUGUGCUGUUAUUUUAUUUAAUAACCUUCUUCCCCAGUUAGAAUGUGUUAGCUUCUUAAUUUUUGUUUAUUGAUUUUUGUGUUACUAGUGUAUUUAUAUAGUUGGGGGAUAACAAUCCAUUUUUGAGAAGUCGCGAGUAUGAAAUUCUCUCCUGUCUGUGUGUUAGUGUGUGUGAGUUGGUGGGGAGUGUGUGUGGUUAAGAUAUUGUUAACUUGAAGCUAUGAUUGAUUUUCUGUUCAUUUAGAAAUUCAGAUGAUGUUGAGAUAUGCAAAUGUUUCCACACUA